AUGAACUUAAAUAAAUUUUUACCACUAAAAAUUUUUUCUUUUUCGAAAAAUACUAUAUAUUCCUUAAAUUUUCGUUUUUCUGAAAAUAUAUCAAAAAAUGACUACUGCAAACUUCCAAUUCGUCAUGAAUUAAUACCAUCAGAGUCAGAUGCUAUUUUGAAAAAUCCUUUUUUUUUUAAUAACGUAUUUUUAUUUAAUAUAAAAAGCGAGCAAAAUUCUAUUAUAAAAAAACCAACUCAGGAAUUAUAUUUCAAAAAUAAAAAAACAAAAUUAGCUUUAAGAAGAAAAAGAAAAAGAAUGGGAGAACGUGUUAGCUUAAGAUAUCGUUGA